AUGACCACAAUAACUCUACUCCAGUGCGAUGACUACUCCCAAGCUGAAGUUCCAGUUGUGUUUAUUUACAUCGGCCCCGCAGCACCGUUCGCUCCCCGCCCGAUCCCAGUCACCGCCAAGCGAGGAGGAGCGGCUCCCGCGGGGCUCUGCUCGGGGCUCAGGCCGAGGAACGCCGGCUGGGUCCCGCCGCGGUACGAGGAGCCACCGCCGCAGCCGGGCACCGCCUCGGGACCCCCCGCGCAGCGCGGGGAAGCACCCGCCGCCAGCCUGAGAGCAGUGUACAAGAGGGAGGCGGCCGACGGAGAGCCCGGGAGGGGAGCAGCGCACAGCCAGGAUCCGCCCGGCCCCGCCACCUCCCCGCGGCCGGUAACGGGCGAGGCGGGUGGCCACGCCUUUCCCCCACCGAGCGGCGGCGGCCUCGCCCGGCGCCCCGGCCGCGCUCGGGGCGGGCGCUUCCCUGAGCCGGGGACGGAGGAACUUCGCAGGCGCGGCGGAGCAGGCGCCGUCGAGGGCGACGGGAAAAGGAAGGGGAAACGGGGGGUAAGGGCUUGCCGCGGCCCUCCGCUCGGCAGCCCUCCGCGGGAAAGAGGCGAACGGUGCCAGCAAAGACAGCGCCCCUCGCCGGGGACGACCCCGCGCCUCGCCCGCCGCUCACCUUCACGGAGCGGGCCGCGCUGGCGUUCGAUCUGGAGCUGCCGCCGCCACCCUGGGCAUAUCCGAGAGCGCCACGGUGAAGCGCCGCUCCGCGGGCUCAGCGCCUCACCCCCGCCGCUCCUGCCGCCGCCGCCUUGGCCGCUGCCAUCUUGUCCUGGCGGCUGGGAGGGAAGCACCCCAGCUCAGCCCGCUCGGCAGCCCGGGCCUCCGCCUCAUCUUCCCGGGGAGGGACCCAGCCCGCCCCCGGCCGCCGCCUCCUACACCUCCUCCCGCCUCCGCGGCUGCCCUGCCCGGGCCGGCCUAGCGGCGCCUGCCGCCCAUCGCCACAGAGCGGCGGGGCCUCUGCGGAGGGGGCCUGCGGGCUCCGGCGUGCCCCGGCCCCGCGCCCAGCCUGCAGGGCGCAACCUGCGGGGCCCUCCCGCCGCCCGCCCAGCGCCUCAGCGGCAGCGCCCCCAGCAGGCCCCGCCGGAGCCGUCCGAGCGCUCUCUCAGUCCCGCGGCGCAUAGGCAGAGCUGCCCCCCCCGCCGUGGCAACCAGAGCUCGGGCAAGGCGGGCGGGUGCAGGUGCGUGGCCGUCACCGCCCCUAAGCUGCAGGUUAGCGGCGAGGCCGAGACAGGACCCCUCUGCGUAAGCCGGGGGAGAGCGGCGAGGGCAACUUGA